UCUGCUGUGUUUGCACUCCACACCGGUCGCUUUCCUCUGACUCUGCUGUUGUUUGAGGACCUGAUUGAGGACCAUGGGCCUACUGGACGUCUUCUCCUCCAUCAGAGACCGAGCCGAGAAGUUUCUGAACGAGAAAAACGUGGUGACAGAUUUUCUGGGGAAGCUGGAGGAGAAAACAGGGAUAAAGAAGAAGAUCAUCGCAGCGGGUGCCGUCUCAGUGACCGGACUCUACCUGGUGUACGGAUAUGGUGCCUCCCUCCUCUGCAACCUGAUUGGCUUCGUCUAUCCAGCUUAUUAUUCAAUCAAAGCCAUCGAAAGUGCGAGCAAAGAAGACGACACAAAAUGGCUGACGUACUGGGUGGUGUAUGGCGUCUUCAGCUUGGGCGAGUUCUUCUCCGACAUUUUCCUCUACUGGUUUCCAUUUUACUAUGCUUUUAAGUGUCUCUUCCUGUUGUGGUGCAUGGCCCCGAUGUCGUGGAACGGCUCCCAGAUCAUCUACAACAAAGUGGUUCGGCCCGUCUUCCUGCGCCACGAGGCCACGGUGGACAACAUGGUGAACGACCUCAGCGGGAAGGCGAUGAGCGCCGCCGAAAACCUCACCAGAGAAGUCCUGUCUACUCUGGUGAAGAAUAAAUCUCUGGUGAAUCCGCUGGUGUCGGUCGCUCAGUCCGAACCUAAGAGUUUACCGAGUUCAUCGACAGAAACAUCAGCAGCUAAAAUAUCUCCAUCACAACCGAGUGAAGAACGGCCGCCUUUCCUGGGUUAACCAAUGUGGAUGAAGUCAGUGUAGACUGACGUCCUUCAGGUAGCAGCAGAGGAAGAAGAGGAGACUCAGUGAGGAAUCAUCAUCCAUCAAGAAACAUACCUCCUGUCAAAGAGACUGAUUUCCUUUUUAUAUGAGAUAUGUUAUAUUUCUAUACCAGUCUAUAACAGGAUUCAAUGUCAGAUGCACGCACUGUUUCUUAUGGUUGUUUUCAGUUUAUUUAUUUAUUUGUAUUUAUUGAUGUUUUUUUUUUUUUUUUUAAGAGAAGCACCUGGAACCAGCCCGUAAACUAACAGACAAACUCCCUGUUCUCCACCAAGGGGCGGUGUUUCCCCUUAUUUCUGCAUUUGUGUGUGUGUGUGUGUGUGUGUGUGUGUGUGUGUGUGUGUGUGUGUGUGUGUGUGUGUGUGUGUAUGUGUAUGUAUGUGUGUGUGUGUGUUUGGUCCUGGUUCUGGGUGCUUUGCAUUGUUUUUCAACAUGUGUUGCUGUUAUUUGAUUUAUUUAUAUUAUUAAUUUUUUUGUUUUGUUUAUACACAUAAAUGAGAUUAUGACCUUGACAUGAAAAUUACAUUAUGAUCAGAAAUAAAAAGCAUUAAUCAGAAUAAUGUUUGUCUGCUCUGUCUAACAAACACACACAUUUAUAUAUCAGUAUUAUACAGUAUAUAUGUGUAUAUGAGAAAGAAUACAUAAAUAUAUUAUACAGAUAUUUUUUUUGCUAUAAAUAUGUACAUAUAUGUGACUUAAAUGUUUUGGAUAAUAAAGAAAGACAUCUACUAACAUAUA